UUUGGGCCAUUUCUUUUGACGAACGACGGUAAAGGCCAUUUCCCCAUCAGGGCUACGGACUGAAUUAUAGACGUAUUUUAGACAUGUUAGAAAUGCCAGAACAGCAAUCUGGCGAUAAUAGAGAUACCGUCGAACCUGCACCCCCACCCUCAUCUCCAAGCACAUCUCCGCCUCCAAAUACUUUGCAUCCACCGUCAAUCCCUUUCCCUCAGGUCGUCGCCUACUUCCAGUCCCUCCUAUCACCCACCUCACCACUUCCCCUCCUCUACCCACCCCAAGUUCACGAAUGGUCCGCAACAUCGAUUUUAAAUGGCCUCAAUUUAGCUUACCAGGGCUGUAUUUCCACCCUUCGCACACCACGGACACGUAAGACGCUGUAUAAGGCUUUUGGAUAUCUCAUCCUCGUCACGGGCGUCCUGUUUGCGACGACGCAUAUUGUAUUCUUUCCAUUCCGCCUUCUCCAUAUUUUUUCUGAAACCUUUGUGAAACCCGUCUUUGGACCGACUGUGACGGGGAUUCUUGAUUGGAUGAUGGAUAAUGUGGAUGCGGUAGUCAAAUGGUUUCUAUUUGUUACACCUGAUGCAGGGUUGUAUUUACUUCGAUAUGCAUGGCCAGAGCCGCUGGAUAGAUUGUUUUUUGAGGCGUUGAGGGGAUUGACGCUUCAAUUGGCAUUACCAAGUGCCAAAGCGAGGUUUGUCAUGCGAUUUGCGAGGGUGCUAGAUGAACCGAUGCCUGUGGAGCGAUCGGCUUUUUCGGCGCUCACUGGGUCUGUGAGUACACAGCAAGGACGACGAUCAUGGACACUUCGGAUCCUUUCCUACCUCAAGCGAUACGCGAAACGCAUCAUCAUCCUCGCAGUGAUUUAUAUUGCGUCUUUGGUCCCUGUUCUUGGGCUGCUAGCCUGGCCAGCAGCGACAUUUACAUAUCUGGGAUUCGCAGUCGGGUUUUAUCGGGCGGCGUGGAUGUGUGCCGCGGGGCUGAUUUCACCGCCUUGGUGGAAAUUCGUAACGGGGCCGAUGUUGAGGGGAAUAUGGGGGUUCAGAGCCCUAGAGCGGGAGUUGGUUGAACCGUACUUGUGUCGGUCUCAGCUUAAUUCUAGUCAGCGGAGAGCUUGGCUUGCUCGGAACGAACCCAUCAUUGCCGGUUUUACGCUCCCGUUUUGGUUCUGUCUCUCGAUACCCUGGGUUGGACCCUUGAUGUUUGGUUUGGCCCAAGCCGCAGCUGCUCGACUCUGUGUGGAAAUCUUUGAUGAGGUGGAUAUACGUAUGGGGCGGGAAGCGCAUUUGAGAAAGGUUACUGGGGGUUCCUCGGAUACAUCUUCGGCGAGUAGCGUCGAAGAGGUGGGUCGGUAGUAGGUGUCGUUUAACUAUGAGAAUUGCUGUGUGGAUGAAAUUGGGCUUUGUGGAUACCGGAACGUUGAAAUGUUGGGUAUUGCAUGAAGGUUAUGAUAUGAUGGUAUAUCUGAUUCGUCUGAUAGACGGUUUGCAUUCAAUGACGAGGUGAAUCUACCACAAUGCAUCCGCUUUUUUAAAGAACAAUCAUACAUGUGUGAUUCUUUGUACAUCACAGAAACAUGACAUGGCCAUUUGUUGCAGACUCG